CCCCCCUCCGUGACAGGAUCAACCAAUAUUCUCUCCGGUCCUGAGAUAAGAACCUGGGCUGUUGUGGUGAGGGCCUGCCUUCAUGCCCUAGAUAGAGAACGUGAAUUGGGGAGGCUCAAGGUUAGCUUUGUAGCUCAAACUCUGAGUCAUGGUGACGUUCCCCCCACCCCCCACCCCCGAGUUAGGGUUUCUAUGUGUAGCAUUGGAGCGAGCAUAUCUUGGAAUGCGCUCUGUAGACUCUGCCGGCCGCGAACUCACAAAGAAUCGCCUUCCUUAGUGCUGGGAUUAAAGGCGUGCGCCAACACCGCCCGGAGUGAACGUUGUUUUAAAGCCUGCCUAUUUCCUCUAGUACUGUUGAAUGAUCUAUCAGACUUGAAGGUUGCCAGUGAUGCUUAUUCUGUCCUUGGACCUUCUCAUGAAAGUAAUGUUUUCUGUAUAGAAGGAUUCAUCUAGAGGCUGGGGAUGUACUCAGAUGGUAGAGUGCUUGCCUUACAUGCAUAAAGCUCUUGGUUCCCACCUCAUAAAACCGGCUGCGGUAGGACCUGUAAGUGGAGUCAGCAGGAUGACAAGUUCAAGGUCUUCCUGAGCUACAUAGCAAGUCGGAAGCCAUCCUCUAGUACCUAUGUAAAUGCUAAGUGCUUGGUGCAAAUGCCGUCCAGCAUUGUUUAAGAGCACUUUGAGUCCCACUUUCAUUCAGUCAUCUCUUCAGAGAACGGUCACUGCCACUAUAGUACCCACCUGGUGCGGGAUACAGGAGACACCAGUUAAGGAUGCCCUAACUAAGUUCCUAUUCUUGAGGAUGAAGACAAAGAUACUGCAAAGUGACAUGUGAUGCUGGAAUAGAGGCCUGCACCAUCCCUUCAAGGCUGAGGUAUCAGAAACUUAAGAGAUUAAGGAUGGAACCGAAGUGGGACUUGUAAAAUGUUGCCCUGUAAAAAGAGAAGAGCUACAGUGACAGAGUCUGUGCAGCAGGGGGAUGACCAGGAAGGAGAUGAUUUAGACCUAGAGUCAGCUGUGAAGCCAGAGUCCGACCAGCUGAAAGACUUGGGGUCGGAGUCACUGUCCUGGGGUCCAGGUCAUGAGAGUGCAGUGUGCCCGGAGCUGCACUCCAUGCAUGAUGUAGAAAACCAGCUCAGCAUGGAGGAUCCAUCUCUAAGCUCCAAGAUGCUCACCCAGCAUGGCAACUUACCGGUUUUGGAAGCUGUUGGUGUAGCCAUCCCUCAGGAUAUCACCCUUCCUUCCUUGGAGUCUUCUCAUUCCCUUACUGUACACAUCGAUCAAGGGAGACUCCCAGCCACGGGCUCAAAGAAAGUGAAGAAAACUGCCUUCCAGCCUGGGCUGAUGACCAGAGAAGACCAAGGGGAUCAUCCUGUCAUAGUGGAACCUCCUUCAGGAGAGCCUGGUGAAGAAGUCAAGGCAGAAGGAGGGAAACUUCAGAUGCAUUCUGGAGGGGAAUUAUCUUUGUUGUCAUCUGGCAGCCAAUCUGCAAAACCAGGAGCCCAGCCUAGGAAACCAUUCCAGACAGAUGGUUCUGCCCUUCCACAAGAAAAGCCACUCAGAACUCUGGUUCACCAAACUGAGGAAGAGAUGGAGGAUGGUGAACUCUUUAUUCCAAUGGAAGAACAAGAGAAUGAAGAAAGUGAUAAAAGGAAAAAAGCCAAAAAGGGUACCAAGAGGAAACGAGAUGGAAAGGGCCAUGAACAAGGGACAGUGGCACAUGACCUGAAACUGGAUGACGUGCUCGAUCGUACCUUAGAGGAUGGUGCUAAGCAGCACAAUCUGACAGCAGUCAAUGUACGGAAUAUCCUGCACGAAGUCAUCACAAAUGAACAUGUUGUAGCCAUGAUGAAAGCUGCCAUCAGUGAGACAGAAGACAUGCCAUUGUUUGAGCCUAAGAUGACGCGCUCUAAGCUGAAGGAAGUGGUGGAGAAAGGAGUGGUCAUUCCAACUUGGAAUAUCUCACCAAUUAAGAAGGCCAAUGAAAUUAAGGUAAACUUAGGAACUUAGGAGAUGUCAUUGUUA